GAAUGAUUUUGUCGACGCGCCAUAUUUGAAUCAUUGUUAAUUUUUACGUUUUAUUGAUCAAACAAUUUACUAUUUACUCGACGCUAUAAUAUUCUCUAAGAAUUUUUUAUUUGUAUUAAUAAUGUCGGAAGAACCGAAUACACCCUUGGCUUUGAAUAUCUAUGAAGAGGCAUUAAACGAAGAUACUACGUGUGAUCUUUCAUCUCAAGGACUAGCAGAAGUGCCCGAACUUAAUAAUCGAUACCUCAGUGCUCUUUAUCUACAAAACAAUGCGCUAACAAUUUUACCAAGUGAUAUCUUCACUACUUUAAAAUAUCUCAAGUACUUGGAUUUGAGAGACAACCAGCUCACUGAUAUCCCAGCAUCCAUAAAGCUACACCGCCAUCUCUCGCAUUUAUUAUUACAAAAUAAUAAAUUGACAACACUUCCAAACGAAAUGGGAACUGUUCCAAAUUUGAAAGUUCUCCAAUUAGGCGGGAAUCCUCUCAUGCACCCUCCAAGAGAAAUAAUAAACGCGGGAGUUUCAAGUGUGAAAAAAUUUCUCAACGAACAAUUUAUAGAUCAAAUGUUUGCGAAUGAUGCAUCAUCGGACAUUACGGGAGAUUCGGUAAGCACUAACGGAUUUUAUCCUGAACACUUUAGCCAAGAUGGUCGAAGUUACAAUUCCGUUCUGGAUGAAGCUAAAUUGAAGAAAGCGAUGCGUGUUCGAGUCAACGAAAGAGAUUCGGACGAUUCUGAUGAAGAAUUGUACGCGAAACUUAAAGGGAAAUGUCCCAAAUUAGCAAAGAGUCGGAGUACUAUACCUACGCAUUAUCAAAGUUCCAAGUAUGUGCAGCCUUCGAGCUCGGAUGGGAAAAUGGUAUUUGAAGAGAAAAUAAAGGAGAGUUACAUAAAAGACUUGGCUCUGAAGAAACACAAAGACUUAUUAGAAUCAAUGGACAAGAUUUUGCAGGGGAGAAAAAACCUGGAGCUCCUGAAGAAUUGGCGCUCAGAUUAUAGAAUGGGUAAAUUUGCGAAAAACGGGUCUUACAAAAUUGAUUCGAAUAACUAUCCUUAUGACACAAAUCCAGACUGUAUGUCAAUGUUAAAUAGAGAUGAACUAGAAAAAGAUUUACCGGACAAAUAUAGAAAGAAGUUGGUAAGGCGAAGCAAGCCUACCGUACCAAGAAAGAGUAAUAAUGAUGUCCAUUUGGCUCUGAAGAUAAAGCAACUGUUCGACAAUUUGGAAGCCAUCGAAUUGAAUAGAAAAGAUAUGACGCCGAGAACUGAGCAAAAGAUGCUGAUGAACGAGAUACAGAAGAUCUCUGAAAUAAGGCAGAAGCUAAUGGAGUUAUCAACGACUAACACCAAAACUGCGGAAGUCGAAUAAAAAUUUCAAAUAAAAUCUAAUUUUUUAGGAUAUUUUGUUUUUUAAAUCAAGUAACAUUACUAGGAGUUUGUCGACAUUUUCGAAAAUAAAAUACAAUUUCACUUUUUUAAACUUUUUAUUACCGAUUUAUCGUCAAUAUCGCCGGCUCCAUAAUAAAACGAAUAAAUAACACAAUAACUGAUAAUUAUAAUUAUUGCUAAAAAAACAUGGUUACACACAAUUUAGCUGUUUAAAAAGUACUUAGCCAUUAUACAUAAGGGUGAUAGUCGUUUGGCAACUUUUGCCAGUAUACUAAACAGUAUUUUAACUGGACAAUGCUGACAGCGGACUUAGGAAUAACUAAAUAUAAAGGAACAUUACACUUUGUUUAUUUUAAUAUUUAUUUUAGACAUAUAAAACUUCCUAAUUAGUGACUACAAAAUUCCAAAAAUCUACUAUUUUCAUUUAUUAAAAGAUGCCGAAAUACAAAAGUCUCGAACGAUUCGCAAAAAUCGGUUUUUUAUUUUUAUUAAUAAUUAAUACUGAAGCACUGAAAGUAAUUGACGAUACAGAACCAUGAAAAUAUCAAACCAUUCAUCUUAUCACUAAAGAUAAAGAAAGCAAAAUUAAAUGCAAAAUUGUGCAAUAAAAUACUAUAGGACAAUAAAAUUCUGCUUAAAUCAUAAUAUAAUUAAUAAUCAUAUACGUAUUGUAAUAAUAACUAGGUAUGUCUAUAUCCUGAACUAAUUGUGAUAACAUAACAAAUUAUAGAAGUGAGAUUGUCAUUAAAAAUAAUAUUCAAUGAUAAAAAUUCUCAAAUGAAUUUACAUUCACAAAAUAACUUCCCGCCAUUACACGACAGAUAAACUAUUCACCACAGAUUCAGAAUGUGACAGUCUAUGAUACGAAAAAAAAACAAAAGCAAUACACACCGCACUAAUCAAUUACUAAACUCUUUUGCUUAACAAACAUACAAAUUAAUUGUAUAAUUUUCAUUAUUUUCCAUUCUGUUUUGGCAAAAAAAUUGGAUUUUUAUCACAUUUUGACUCUGAUUUACAGUAACAUUUCUACACACGAAUGUAUACAAUAUUUAUAUUGCUAAGUCGUUAUAAAUGUACAAAAUUAUAAAGCCGCUUGCUUGACAAUCUACGACACUAGGACUGUCUUUACUAUCUGUCCACAAAAAGGGUGCUAGAAUUCUUAGUUUUAAGCUUUUCCAUAAGAAUGUACAAAUUGAAAUGACCAGCUCAAGGAUAAGGAUAAGAAUAAGGACAGGCACAGAAAUAUUAGCCGCUAGUUAGUUACUGGGUUUAGUAAGGUUAGUACACAUAGAAACAUCAUCCCAAAAUUAUAAUAUUUUUUAAUCUAGUUUUAUUUUCUAUACAACUUUAUAUCAUUCCAACUUAGUGGGGACAGUUCGAAAUUAAAAAGCAACGGUGAGCGCGGUAAUGUGAUUGUUUUAUGAUUUGAGUAAAUAAUAUUUCUUAAACAAUGCAUAUAUGUGAAUUGAUAUAUACAACUUUUUGAUGGGGUAAGGGGCAGCAGAAUGGUUAGCAGAGAUCAUCUGAUGGUAAAUGACAAUUGCACCACUAGAAGAUUCCCAAGUGCGUUACCAUCCACUC